AAAACUUGCAGAAACCCUCAAAUCGUGUUUUCCUAUCGACGCCUCUACUGUAUGUGUAAUGGAUUUAGAGAAGUGUGUGCGUGUGUGCGUGGCGGAUACGUGGAGACCCUGCGGAUGGACGGACGGCAUGGCAGGGCGUGUGGUGGGCAGCAGCGCGCCACGGCACCACGGCAGGGCAGCACGGUGGGGUAGUUGUCCUAAGAGGGCGGAGAGAGGAGGGCGCGCAGUGCCUCCACCACCACCACCACCACCACCAGGACACUUCAUCACCCUCACCACCUCCUCGUCCUCCAGCUCCUUCUUCACCCUACCCCCUUCCUCCCCCGACAUCCUCGCCUUUAUCUAGUUACACCAUCUUAUUAUCCCAGCACCUUAUCCUUCACUCCCUCCAGCCGCUCUCAUAACACCAGUGCCCGUCGGAAGCUCGCAGGACAAAGGACACAGGACACAGUUCCCUAAAAAAGAUCUGAAAUGACCCACUGCAUUAUUACUCCCAUAAUCAGUGUUUUUGUUUCUCAGUGCCAAAAAUUUCCGUGAAAAAAUGUUGACACAAUUUACGACAGCAAGGAUUACAAAGAACUAAACAUUAACAUCCAAACACGAAAGUUAUCCUAGAUCAAUAAUUCAGGUGUACGUGGAAUUAUAAGUGUGUCAUCCAAAUAGUGCCAUCCAAAUUGUGACAUCCAAACUGUGUCAUCGAAAUUAUUCAUGUGCGUGUGAGUUAAAAGUCCCGUCGUGCACGUGUCUUCUAAGAGCACCAUCCCAUCAACACACAACUGGAGCACAACACGUGUCCACAGUCCCCCGAGGAGGCACAGCCGCCACGAAGUUCCCGUCCCGCAGCAGCAGAGGCAAGGAGAAUGCCAGUGACUGAGUGCGGCUCCCCUUUGGUGGUGGUCCUCGUGGUCGCCCUCCUGCCCCGCCUCUCCCUGGCCAUGGGGGUGGCGCUCAUGCCGAGUGGCGAGGACGGCCUGUCUGAGUUGAGCCAAGCCAUCCUGCAACUCACGCAGAGGUUCGCCACAAUGGAGAUCAAUCUGGAGUCUCGCCUCAGCCGCCUCACUGACUCAGCCGCCAAAGGGGAGGACCACUUCGCGAUCCUCUCCUCGCGCCUCGCCAAGGUGGACUCCCUAGUGGAAAAAGUGGAUGCCCUGGACUCCCGCCUCACCCAGGAGACGUCCUCGCUGCGUUCCACCAUCAACACUACCAACAGGGACCUCCAGGAACUGUCAUCAAGACUGGAGAGGAUGGACAGGAUGACGGCGGCGGCGAGCGAGAUGCGCUUAAGAGGCGGAGAGGAGGAAGAGGAGGAGGAUGAAAGGGACACAAACCAACCUCUGACCAGAUCUUGGGACUCCACUUCCUCGAACACCAACCUCCCCAGCGCACUGAUCACACGUCAUGUCGCCGAGGAGGUACAGAGGACCCUGCCAACCGCUUCUUGACCGUUCCCUCGCCACCUUCCACGACUCCCUGUACAAGAGGCUGAGUGAGAGCGUGGGACAGCUGAAGGAUGAGGUGAGGGAGGCGCGGGAUGAGCUGGAGCAUUUGGGCACCCAGACGCUCACUUACGGCAACAGGCGCCCGGCAGGACAUAAGGCAGGGCGGGAAGGCCACACAGGACGCAAUGACGG